UCCUCUCCUCUCCCCUCUCAGGAUCACGUUCUGCCACCUGCCCUUCCAGAGCAAGUGGCUGUAUGUGGGGACGGAGCGAGGCAACACCCACAUGGUCAACAUCGAGUCCUUCGUCCUGUCAGGCUACGUCAUCAUGUGGAACAAGGCCAUCGAGCUUGCAACCAAAGCACAUCCAGGCCCUGUGGUGCACCUGAGUGACAGCCCGAAAGAUGAAGGGAAGUUGCUGAUUGGCUUUGAGAGUGGGACCAUUGUCAUGUGGGAUCUGAGGGCCAAGAAAGCAGAUUUCAGAAUCUAUUAUGAUGAGGCCAUCCACUCUGUGAGUUGGCACCAUGAGGGGAGGCAGUUCAUGUGCAGUCACUCAGACGGGAGCCUCAGCAUGUGGAACCUGCGCAACACAGCCAAACCCUUCCAGGUCACAUUCCCACACGGAAAGACACUGAAGGAUGGAAGGAGAGAGUCAUGUAAGCCCAUCCUGAAGGUGGAGUACAAGACCUCUAAAAACAGCAGUGAACCAUUUGUCAUUUUCUCGGGCGGCCUGUCGUAUGACCAGGCGGGUAGGAGGCCUACAUUGACCAUCAUGCACGGCAAAGCCAUCACGGUGCUGGAGAUGGACCACCCCAUCGUGGAGUUCCUGGUGCUCUGCGACACUCCGUACUCCAACGACGUGCAAGAGCCUUCCGCAGUCGUUGUCCUGCUGGAAAAGGAUUUCAUCGUUAUAGACCUAACACUGAGCAAUUUUCCCAUCUUUGAGAACCCCUACCCCAUGGACGUCCAUGAGUCUCCAGUCACCUCCACGGCUUAUUUCGCUGACUGCCCGCCUGAUGUCAUCCCAGCUCUCUACUCUAUAGGAGCCAAACACAAGAAGACUGGCUACAGCCACAAGGAGUGGCCUUUAAGUGGGGGUACUUGGACAGUUGGUUCCCAGUCUUACCCUGAGAUCAUCAUCACAGGGCAUGCAGACGGCACUAUAAAGUUUUGGGAUGCCACAGCAAUGACACUGCAGAUGCUGUACAAGCUGAAGACGUCAAAGGUGUUUGAGAAGCCCCGCCUGGCGGAGGCCUCGCGGGCGGCGGAGCUGGCAGAGGACGACCCGUACGCCGUGCAGAUGGUCAACUGGUGCCCGCAGAGCCGGCUGCUCUGUGUGGUGGGCAUAGCGGCCAACGCCAUCCUCUUCCGUUUCAGUCGCCACGAGGCCAACACCAGCAUCACAGCUCUGGAGGUGCGUCUGCACUGCGAUGCGGAUGAUGUCAUAUCACCAUCGGAUAUGGAGAACAACCCCUGUCUGUCUGAGACCAGUGGCCACUCCCCCCAACCCCCCCCCAGCCCCCGCUCCAGCACACCCGACAGCAUGGGCCUCAGGGUGAAAGAGCGUGUGGUCCGGAUGCCCGCUGGUUUCCAGGCAGAUCUCGUGGUGCAGUUGCAAUGGGUGGAUGGGGAGCCUCCUCAGCCAAUCACAAGCGUGGACAUAAACUCUGCCUAUGGCCUCCUGGCUUUAGGGAACUGUAAUGGUUUGGCGGUGGUGGACUACCUGCAGAAGACGGUUCUGUUGUGCAUGAGCACACUGGAGCUGUACGGACCAUCAGACCCCUUCCAGCGUCUCACACGCUCACCACGCAAGAACAGAGACCAUUGCAUGCGUGGCCUGUCUAGCUUUUAUUCCGAUUCAAAGAAACGGAUCCGCACGUCCUACCAGAGCCUUACGGAACUCUCCGACAACCAAGUGUCUGUGGACAUGGAACGCAGCAAAUCCCCGACCUCAGUACCCUACCACCCCUCUCUGCACGGUGACCAGCGUGCUCAGGGGGACUCCCUGUCCAGUAUGAGGUCCAGUCACUGCAGUCCAGUCUUUUACCUGCUGGACAAUGUCAAAGGGCCGGGCAGAAAGUUAAGUCUGCCCACUGAUCUAAAACCUGAACUGGGUACGGUAGGCGAACGCGUGCAGACUGCUUUCUUCCUUUCUUUCUUUCUUUCGUCCUCUUACUUUCAGUCAUUCUUCCUUCCUUUCUUCCUUUCUUUCUUUGGUUCUGUUUGUCUCUCUCUCUCUCUCUCUCCUGUUAUGCUCUCGUUUCAGUUGGAUCGUUUCUCAUUUCUGUGUAUUUUGAAUGUUUUGUGUUCAUUUUAAAGUGACUGCUUCAUC